GCGUAGCUUCUAUGGCGGCGUCGAUUCCGUCAUCGGGAGUCUCUUGGCGGAUCCUCGGGCAACACUCUUUUAUAUAACCGUACCGAGUACUCGUUUCUUAGUCAACGUUCGGCAUUCGAAACGAGACGAUCGAUGAAACCGAUCAACAUGUAUACACUACAAGGAUUAGCCAUUUUGGUAGUCUGCCUUGCAAGCAGCAUGGCAGGGCCAACUGAAAACAGGGCCGUUCAGACUAUCACCGAUGGAAACAAUCAAUUCUCAUCGUUAUUUUUCCGAGAAGUUGGCAAGGGAAACAGUGGCAAUCUGAUCACGUCUCCUCUUAGCGCCUCGAUUGCUCUUUCCAUGGCUGCUUAUGGCUCGCGCGGAGAUACUGAGAAAGAAUUCAAACAAGUUCUUCACCUUCCAGAGGAGUCCGUAGCCAGAAGUGGAUAUUCAAAUCUCAUCGGUACCCUUAAUAACGUCAAAGACGUAGAACUUCGUCUCGCCAACAAAAUAUUCAUUAACAAGCAAUUCACGGUAAAACCGAGCUUCCAAGAAUUGACUCAAUCUGCCUUUUUAUCGACAUCGGAAAAUUUGGACUUUUCUCAAAAUCUCCAAGCUGCCGGUACCAUCAAUCAGUGGGUCGAGGAACAAACCAAUAAACGCAUCAAAGAUCUUAUUAAACCGGAUAAAAUAAAUGGUGCUACCGCCAUGGUGCUCGUCAAUGCUGUAUACUUCAAGGGCAACUGGAAAACCAAAUUUGAUCCCAAAUUUACUAAAAACGAACCUUUCCACGUCACCAAGAACGAAGUUAUAAACGUACCCACCAUGUACAUGUCUGGAAAGUUUAGAUACGCUGAACUUGCCGAAUUGAACGCAAAGUUACUCGAGCUUCCAUACAAAGGCGAAGAAUUCAGCAUGGUCAUCAUCAUGCCAAACGAUAUCGACGGAUUGCCUCAACUCGAAGAGAAAUUGCCCCAACAUGAUAUCGGCGAACUUCUCAAGAAGGCAUAUAAAACCGAGGUUAUGCUGCAUCUGCCUAAAUUCAAGAUCGAAAGCACUCUCAAUCUCAAUGGACAUCUUCAAAACUUGGGAAUAAAGGAGGCCUUUAGCCAAAGUGCUAACUUCAAAGGUAUUUCUGACGUUGAGCUCAAAAUCUCCGACGUCGUACAAAAGGCUUUUAUCGAAGUUAACGAGGAAGGUAGCGAAGCUGCGGGAGCAAGUGGUGGUAUAGUGAGACCAGUGAGACCCGGUCUUCCAGUCAGGAGGGCUAUAUUCAAGGUGGACAGGCCUUUCCACUUUGUGAUAAAAUCCACUUACAACAAUUUGUUGCUUUUCAUUGGUACCGCGAGCGAACUUAAACCAGGAAAGAAAUAGACAUAUUGUUCCAUUCGAAAAUUAAUUGAAACAUUCAUCGAGUCUCUUUUUAUGCUAUCGAAGAGAAUAAAAGAAAGGGAAAUGAAAUAAGCUGGCAAUGGGUUUAUAAAUAAAAACAAAGAAAAAAAAAAGAGAGAGAAAAAAGAAAAUACCAUCCAGAUUUUUCGAUUCCCAAUUACGAUAAUUUUAAUUAAUCAUUCCUUUUUCUGUAAAAUCGUUACGUUCGCAUUACUAACUUAUAAGAUAAUAGCUAAACUAAUUGCUACUAAGUGCUUACUUUCACGAAAUACCUCACGUAGACACUAACUUAUGUGAACGCUUAUCGUGCUGAUUUUCACGAAAUACCUCACGUAGACACUAACUUAUGCGAAUAAACUUUUAAUACGAUGAAACGUUGAAAUCAUCAAUGUAUCCAACGCAAUAGCCUAAGGAAUCUACAAUCGAAAUCUAUUAUUAGUUAGAACGCGAUCAAGCGCCUCUGUAAGUACACUGCCGCAGGAGUACAAUAAGAGUUGAUACAAGAAACGGAAGAAAUCGAGUCGAGUUUAUCUAUGAAACGUUAUGAGAUAUAGAUAUACAAGUAAAUUAAUAACUAAAUGUUAGCAGGUGAAACGUUCGUGUAUUACAAAUGGCGACAGAGUUAUCAUGUCGAUCAUCCCUUUCAUUUGAGUAUCGUUAAAACCGCGGAUUCUCGAAUAAACAAUUAUGUAUUUUCACUGCACACGUGAUCGAUCCGUCAAAUCAACUCUAAAACCAACUUCUCUGAUAAUGCCUUACCGAAUAGAACAUAUAUCCAAUAGAGUAUUAAAUCGUACAUUGCGUCAUGUUUAAAAUGCUUGUUACAAAUGUCAACUUGAGGAUAAUAACUCGUAUAUUCUAUUCUGCUGUAAAAGAGACCAAAUCCUUCCGAAAACAUUGAAUCGAAUAAAUAUUAUAAGUGACAAAUUACUGAAAAUAAAUCUUCGCAAGAAGAAUCUA